CCUAACUCCACGUGGACUUUUACCCACGUGUACGUGUACGUACCUUUAUAGUGCUUGUGAUGGCUUCAAGAUUGUCUACACUGUAUGGGUUUGUAAGCAGAGGGCUUACAGCCAGAACUAGUCCCUCAUUAAGUCAUGGAGCAAAGAGAUCAUUCUCAUCUUCCAAAGCCUUGUCAAAACUCCUCAACGUUGUAAAGGCUGAAAUCUCAACAGAACAAAAAAUGCUCGAGAAUCUCCCAACGUUCUCCGCUUUUGAUGUGUCAGUAGAUGGCUCAAUAGCUACACUGUUGCGGUCUUACAAAAGUGAGGAAGUCAAAGUUCAGUUAGACGUCAAUCGGGCCAGUGAAGUGGUGUCUGAUGAGAUGGAGGGUGAGGGUGACUAUGACGGCGAUUUUGAGGAGGCUGGGAAAGAAGAGUUGUAUGAGGAGGAAGGGGAAGAUUUUGAUGAGAAAGAGCAAGUCUCUGUACCAGUCUUCUCAGUCAGUGUGAAAAAUGAAGCGGGCAGUACAAUGCAAUUUGACUGCCUUUUUGAGGAGUUUGGCCCCUAUGAUGAAACCAUGGACUGGAAUAGUAUGAGGAUUGACUCUGUGUCAGUAACCCCAAGCAGUAAGGGGACAACAGAAGCAGUCUACUAUGCAAAUUCAACAUCAUUUUCUGAGGAGCUGUACAGUGGCCUUUUGGAAUUCUUAAAUGAGCGGGGCAUCAAUGAAGAGUUUUCUAAAGAGAUUCUAGAGUUCUAUCGAGUGUUUGAGCACCAGUGUUAUGUCAAUGACUUCUUAGGUGGAAUUAGAGACUUCUGUAGUGGCAAAUAGUUCACAAUUAAUUUCUGAAUCAUUAUGUCUUGUUAUUAUUUAUGGUGACAAUAAAAUUAAUACUGCAACAA